UGUAAUAGCUAAGUGGUUUUGGAAACUGUGCUGCUUUGUCCCGAUGGCUACUCAAAGAGUGCUGCCCCAAAGCAAAGAGACUCUGCUGCAAAACUACAACAAAAGGCUGAAAGAUGAUAUCAGGUCGAUUCUGGACAACUUCACAGAAAUCAUCAAAACGGCAAAGAUAGAAGAUGAAACACAAGUUUCUCGAGCAACCCAAGCAGAGCAAGACCACUAUGAGAUGCACGUCAGAGCCGCCAACAUCGUACGUGCCGGCGAGUCUUUGAUGAAGCUGGUAUCAGAUCUUAAGCAGUUCCUGAUUCUGAAUGACUUCCCCUCUGUCAAUGACGCCAUCAGCCUUCAGAACCAGCAGCUCCACACACUGCAGGACGAGUGCGACAAGAAACUCACCUCCCUCCGUGAUGAGAUCGCCAUCGACCUGUAUGAGCUCGAGGAAGAAUAUUACUCCUCAAGGUACAAGUAGGCUCAUACUCGGACCCCUUCCAUCGCUUCUCUGUUGUCCCAUGCCCCCACACCAUGUACCGCCUCACUUACCAUUCAGUGAAGAACCACCAUUUAAUCAUAGUGAUCUUCAUCUGUUUAUGCACUCCCACUGAUGGAGCUCAUCAAAGUCAUGUGUACGCCUCGCUGACUUUUUGCUGACAUUGUCAAAGGGAGUGUCUUGUGUUUGUGCUGUAAAACAUUUGGUGAGCGGUCAGUGUGUCAAGAAUUUAAUUGAUGAAUGUCAUAUCCAUCAGCAGCCAUUUAAUUUUAUAUGUUGUGUUGAAAAUGAUGUGGGUGGGCAGAGCUCUGUGUAACGAUCUGACGUUUGUUUUAGGAUUAAGUAAAUAGUAACCUAUUAUAUAAGUAAUAAUUGACACUUUUAUUGUAUGGUGCUGCACCACAGUGAUACUAAGAGGUCUCUAUCAUUAGUCAUUAACGCCUAAAUUAUUUUUUUUUAAAUGAGAUGUCAGCCUAUGAAAUUAUUGCACUUGAUGUGCUGUAUGUCAGUCAACUCUGGAUGAACUGAUGGAUGUAAAAAGCAUCAGCAC